CUGUCUGCGGCCUAACAGACAGUAUCCGUCUCCCCAACGGGGCUAGCACAUCUCCGGCUGCUCGUCAUGGCCUCGCACGCCGGCGCUCCCCCUCGGUGGCCGCUGGUGCUGCUGCUGGUGCUGCUGCUGCUGACCUGUCUGACGGGGCUGGACGGAGGUGCCGUCUCGGCUCAUCAGCCGGCCGAGCCGGCCGCCGGCGAGGCCUGUCUGGCCAGCACGCUGGACCUGCUCUGGUCAACCGUCGGCAGGAUCGUCCGCUCGGCCGUGGAGCCUGAGGUCGCCGAGCUGGACGGCCGGCUGGCCGGACUGCAGACUCAACUGACUGAACUGGCCGUGAGACUGGACAGGAUUCAGGGAGGACAGGAGGCACAAAAUUCCACAGUCCAGAUCCAUCUGCAAGAGAUCAAGGCAGGUCUGAAGAAAGGCCACCUUGAUUUCACCUCGAAGGUUGAUGGAGUGCAGUCUCAGGUGACGGAGCUGAUGGCAAAAAUCGACGACAUUCAAGGAGGACAGCAGUCUCAAAAUGUCUCACUUCAGCGCCAACUUCAAGGCUUGGAAGAGGGACUUGGAAAACUGACCGCUGAUCUAAAGUCUACACUAGAUGGAAUUCAGGCCCAGACAGAAGCACGACUAGGAACUGUUCACGCCGAGUUAGAGUCAAAACUGGACCGCGUUCAGUCCCAGAUCGACACGCGGCUCGGCCAAGUCCAGUCUCAGCUGGAGUCCAGACUGGCGGACGUCCAGUCCAGUCCAGUCCGGGACUGUAGUGACCUGCCUGCCGGUGCCCGGAGCGGCGUCCACCUGCUGCGGCCGGGCCUGAGGCAGCCGGUGCCGGCCCUCUGCGACCAGGACACCGACGGCGGCGGCUGGACCGUGUUCCAGCGCAGGGCAGAUGUCCAGCCGCGACAGGACUUCUUCCUCGGCUGGGAGGCGUACAAGUGGGGCUUCGGCGCGCUGGACGGGGAAAUCUGGUGGGGGUUGGAGCACCUGUUUCACACCACAUCGCUUCUGGACCGGCGCUACGAGCUGCGCAUCGACAUGGAAGACUUUGACGGUGGGAAAAGGUUCGCGCUGUAUCAGGACUUCAAGAUAUCGUCAGAGGCAGACGGCUACCGUCUGCAUGCCGCCAACUACUCAGGUACUGCCGGGGAUAGCCUGAAAUCUCACAAUGGCAUGCGUUUCUCCACCAAAGACAGAGACCAAGAUGAUCAUCCACCAGGUAGUUGCGCCGUUUCUUACAAGGGAGGCUGGUGGUACGAGAAGUGCCACUCCUCGAAUCUCAAUGGCCUCUACCUCGGCGGAGAACACUCCAGCUACGCAGAUGGCAUCAAUUGGUAUGCAUGGAGGCAGCAUAAUUAUUCGCUAAAAUCAGUUCAAAUGAAGAUCAGGGCAUCUAAGAAGCUAUGAAAAACAACGCCAUUUCAUACAAAUGAUAAUGGACACACGAAGCUUAGCCGCGUCAGGGAGUCGGAUUGCCUACCAAGCAUUGGAUUGUAAUUAGAAGAGCUCUGAUGGAAAAUGUGAAGCCCAAGAAUGAAAAAAAUGCAAAUUUGAAAAGCAUCGCACCAAGAAUUGAGGUAAUGCAACGUCUGAAAAUUAGCUGUAUUUAAAUACACAUGUCCUGUCCACACGUGCUGUCCCUAGCCGUUAUUAUUUUUUGCUGGUUUAGUUAAAAUUAUUUUCUUUAUUUGCUCUGAAAGUGAUUCAUUUUACAUUAUAUGUACAAACAUUUUUUUACAUUAUAUGUAUCAAGCAAAGCCAAAUGUUCCUUCACGCAUGUUCUCUGUGGACCUUCGUCGUUGCAAAUAAACAGCCGGGGAAAA